AUUGUGUGAACUGUAGAAGGGAGAGAAAUGAUACUACUAUAAUUAGUAGGAUAAAUAUCACAUGACUUUGUAUUGUUUUCAUCCAAAUUUCUUCUCAACCAAGGACAUGCCAUCUCUAAUUGGUUAGCAGCGUCCUGGAUGUAUAUGUCAUUGACAUCAUGAAGGCAUAUACAUUUGUGAGUGAUUCUUCCAAAGAUAAUUUUUGGAUAGGGGGAAGCGAUGAACAUUUUACCUGAAGAUCACUUCAGACUGAAGCUUUCAGAAUUGAAGGACAUUGGAUUGCAGUGGACAUAUCGGUUGCUGAUAUUUGGUUUCAAACCUGACUUCCUUGACAUUAUAAAAAAAAAUUCAGGUUUAUUUAAGGUAAUGACUCCCCUUAACUUCAACCACCUCAAUCUGAGCCUGCCCUUGCCGAUGUCAGAGAAGACAAGUGCAAAUACCGACGUUUGCUUCUGGUUCACACCAUUUGGUUUUGGUUGGAAUCAGGGCUAUAUUGGGUUGGGUUUUUUGGGGGAAAGAUCGGAGAAAGCAAGAGUAAUCGCUAAAAAGCAAAAAGCAAGAAAACUGCGAAAGCAGCAGCAGAGAAAGCACGAGAGACGACGGAAAGGCUUAGACUUCAUCAAUUUUUAAUAUUUUAAAUAUUGAGCGCGAAUC